CUACAGCUUAGACGCAGAGGCAAAGGGCAGUGGAGAUCUGUGCUACUGAUUUACCAUGAGGUGGCAGCAAAUACCUUUAUCACAGCUGAAGACAAUCUUUCCAUGAACACAAGAAGCUUCCUUCAUUUUCCUAAUGCUCCUUUUUUCUCUUUUUGUAUGUUUUUAUCAUCAAUAACUGUUACUAGAUAAUGUGCCAACUUUAUACGGUAGCAAUAGCGUGAUUCUCGUUUGUAUUUUUGUGACUUUCAGAUUGAUGCAGAAUAAUAAAAACCCAUGUUUGAAAAGGUUUAUUCUGUUUUUUACGCAUCAUUAUUUCUCUGCCAUUAGACCAGGGAACAGCCCCUCUCAUAUGCUGCACUCCUGCUUCUGCUGACGCUGCAGACGCUUCAGUUACACAUGCAGUAGUAACUACCAGCAGCGAGAGUGUGAAUGAUUUAUGUGCUGCAUUGUGCAGCACUUGGAGAGGGGCUGUCUUUGAAAAAAAAACAGAAAAAAAACACUUAAUUUCACCUAUCUCUGUGUGUUAUUGGCAGAUAUUCAACCGUAGUGAGUCUGGCAGCCUCUGUGAAUGUAAAAGCUGCAUAUGCAGGCUGUAUUUUCUCCCUGGUGUUGCAGGAACUGGGUGGGUGACUGCACUGCUCAAAAGACAACACAUGGGAUAGAAACUGGUGCAUUUUGAGUAUGCAAGCAACAUUUCUAUAUAAGUAUAGCAUUAUAAGUAUGAAACUGAAGGUUUUGCAGCAAAAGGCACAAUAAAAAGACAGAUUAUAGCAGCAAUCCUUCAAUUUUUUACAAUUUAGGUACAUCCAUACACUCACACAUACCACACAAGACUGUAUGAUACUCAUGAUUGUUAAAUAGUUUAAUUGUCUACUUUGUAGUAAGAUAAUGUUGCCUGUUUAUUCUAAUUUUGAGCUACUGUGGUGUCCCACUACCCCCCUGUAGUCUACAUCCUGGCACAUUUGCACCCCACCACUGUGAAUGCAGUGUUUGGCUUUGGCCAGCAGAGGGUCCCUGCUGAGUUUACACAGAGGGUUCUGCAGGCUGUCCUGUCCAGCUACCUCCUUUCACAUCACACCUUAAACUGCAACCUGCUAAAUAUCUGGGAGACGGAGCUCCUCUACAUCUCUACAGUGCAGCCAUGGCGACCACAGAAACAAUGUUUCCAGACAGGAGUAACUUUGAUUAUGAUUAUGAGACAUUGCGGACCACGGGGGUUGUCCUUGCUGUAAUCAUGUUUUUCUCUGGGAUUUUAAUAGCCCUCAGUCCAGCUCAUCUGGUACCCCAAUUCCAAAGACAGAGGUGCCUCCUCAAACUGUAUAGAAAAUACAGUAUAUACUCGAAAGGGAGGAAGUCGUCACGGGAACCAUGCCAGCGAGCACACACAAACACACACCAGUUGUUUAUGGCCUUCCCUGUUAUGGCUAAUAUACCUCUGCCAGCUGGAUGAUCAUUAAACAGGGUUUUCCAGUGCAUCCUAACCUGGUUUCAUUUUGUAGAAAGUCUUAAAAUAAGUAAGCAAAAUAUGCAUAAAUAUCUACAGAGUGUUGUGUGAGUGUUGGGAAUAAAAGAAUAAAAAUAAAAGCAAUAAAAAAUAAUCAUGAGACUUGAUAAGGUAUUUUUAAUCAAACAAAUUCAACAAUUGUUGUCUCUCUUCCUUACAUUUGGCUCCUGUAGAACAAUACAAUUAAGAGCAUGAUUGAAUAUUCAUAGAUUAACAAAACCCUUCACGUUGAAACAAAGGACCGCAUGCAUUGAUCAAUCAUAACAAUUGUCUUUUUUUUUCUUUAUAUCAGUUGAUAUCUACAUUUUUAGCAUGACAAAGUAAUGAAGAAACCAAUAAAUAGAAUAGGCCAAAUAUAACACACUAAAAGGAAAUAGCUAGCAUAAUAUCUUGAUGAAAAUUCUUCAUUAUUUUAUUAUGAAAAUGCUUUGAAUAAUAUAAUAAUGGAUGAAAUAAAGUGUUGAUUUGGGGUUUUGUUAUUGGUAAUUUCUUCUGUUUUAAUCUAAGGCAAGGGCGUUAUAAAUGAUAUUACUGUACCUGUUAAGCUGAAAAAUGAGACCACUGUUUCAAAUAAAGGUCUCGUCUACUCAA